UAGCAGUUCUUACCACUGGGAUAUGGAAUAAGCCGAAUGAUUGGAGAUGGAUGCUUCCACGAUGGUUUGGUCGCCAAUCUGCAGUUGAUGUUUGGGGCCAGAGCCACAAGGAUUCACGAUUCCUCCAAUGAUAUAAUCGUCCUCCCGACCGACCUGCCACCCUACCUUUGUUAUACAGGCAACAAGAUGCUGGCCCGAUCCUCGUUCUCGCGGCCUUGCCAGCGCUCUAUUGAUUGGCUUGCGGCAAGCUACGACGCACCUUCGCCCGAGUUUGCAGGAUUAGAUGACAUGCCGACCCAAUGCAUAUCUACCCAAUUCACACAUGGGAUGUCGUCCCCAGUCGCCCGCCCGCCCGGUCCACCCGCCCGACUGUUAAACAUCCCCUGCUCCGCCCUCUUGCCCUCUUGUCGCCGGGCCCAUAGCUCCUCCUCCCUCGGAAGCACGCGCCUUGUUCCGCUUCAAGGAACCGGGACGACGUCAAACCGCCCAUGAUGGGUAGCGGCCCGAGCUCCCCACAGCCCGAACGCGUAGUGCUUCUCGUCACCACCCCCCUCGCCGCGUCGGUGAACAGCGUUCUGGCCACCUUCGGUUGCAAGGUUGCAAGACUCACGCCCGCCCUUUCCGACUGGCCGCAGGGUUCCCCACCCGGAGUGACGGAGAACUUUUGCUUCGCCCGCCACAUGGCCGUCUGCCUCAUCCCGCUUGAGGUUUGGGAGAACAAAGACGUGCCCUUCCCUGCCAAGUUCGCGGCCGGGAGCUUCUGGGAGCACCUCGGGAGCGCUCUUAGCGAGUCCUCAAGCAAGCCCCCCAGUGCUGGCCGGAAUGAUGGCGGCGGCGGGACGUGGGCUUCGGAAAGCAUCGAGUCCAUCGAGGCGGUCCAGCGGCUUGGAACCACCCACAUGUCUGAUAGCGAGAUUUAUGAACAGCUAUUCGUAGGGUUGUUCCAGGAUUGGGUGUACCUCCCCAUCUGGUGGAACUGUCAAGAUUUUGCCGCUAGAAUGGGUUAUCUCCUGGACCCGAAGGCAAGUAGUCUGCACGUUCUCAAGUCCUUGUUAGAUCGGCUCAAGCAGAGUAUGGCCACAGAAGUGGUCGAUACGCUACUCAAGGGCACAUCGAUGGCCUCUGGGCUUGGGGCCUUUGCAGCCUUCCUCUUGGCUCCGCCGUUAGGUUUGGCCUACGCUUCCGUCUGUUCCAUGAGCACCCAGGCUUAUAUGCAAGAGCAGUACGUGGAUCGGUCAAGGAAGGAACUAUUUAUGAGAAAGUUGGAAAGCCGGUUCCCAAAGUUACGGGAGCUUCAUGGUUAGAUGCUCGGGUUUUAUCAUUGGCAAAUCACG